CUGAUCGUAUAUAAACAAAAUACAAAGUAGAGGCGCGUUUAUUCUGUGCUGGAAAGUCCGCGUGGACACUUAGCUAAACGCUUUUCCUUCCAAAUCGUUCAUCAGAGACCGCUCGAUAGAAGAUUCACAUCUUUUUUCCGGUCUAGUGUGUUGAGUUAUCGUUUUUUAGGAAGUGUCGUCGAGAUCGGUUUAUCUUUGAUUUGGUUGUUUUGAGUUGAGAGGUGUCACACAGCUUGAAAAUGCGUCCUCCUUCAUCGCAGUUCGGCGCUGAUAUCACCAAUGCUGAGAACAGUGAUCCGAACAACAUGCACCCUAUGAUGGUGUGCACCCGCCUUGCCGGACGGGCCAUCAUCAGGGUGGUCGGCCGCUGCAAUGAUGCCAAGGAGAACAAUAAUCUUGAUUUAUCAGAGUGCCAGUUGAUGCAAGUGCCUGAUGCCGUCUACCACCUGAUGCGACACACUGAGCUCAAGGGCUGCAAUCUAUCAAGCAAUGUCAUCACAAAAAUUCCACCCAAAUUUGCAGUCAAGUUUUCUCUUAUUACUGAGCUGAACCUAUCGAACAAUCAGAUGAGCAAACUACCAGAUGAACUGGCAGAUCUGACUGAAUUGGAGAAACUGGACAUCUCGCACAACUCCUUCACGUCGCUUCCACACGUCGCCUACAAAACUCCAAAGCUCACCACGCUCAACGCACACCACAACUUCAUCACAGAGGUCGACAUCGAAAGGCUAAAAGAGUGUCCCUCUCUGCAGGACGUGGAUCUGCAGGAGAAUCCGCUUACCAGGAAGUGCACAGAGGCUCUGCAGAACGUGACAGUGUUCCGGAUAGCAGUGACCGUCCGACCGCUCCAAGACUGGGAAGAUCUCACCAUCUGAUCACCUGCCUACAAUCAACCAAGCCUACAAUCAACCAACCCUCCCCCCCCCACAAGAUACUCAUCAAGUUAGAGGUGUCUGCGUUUGUCCAAUGCAAAAGUUGCGGAAUACCAUAUUAUUUAUAAAAUAGACAAAAAUAUUCAAAGCCAGUUUCACUUGCGAAUAGAAAAUUAAAACUCAGAAAAAGAUUUAAUAGAAACUUUCUUCCGCAGUCGUCUAGGCCUACCCUGACUAACAAAAAGGAAUUUCGAAGCAAAUUCAACAUUUUAUUUCUGAUUAGAGCCAAAUUAUUUUCCACAUUGGAAACACUUUUUUAAUUGGGGAAUUAUUAUUAUUACUCUGAAUAUGAGAUCAGGAUACUAAAAUCUUAGUCGAUUAUAAAGAAGACCUUCAAGACACAGUACCAAAUUGAUAAAAAAAUAUGAAUUGUUCAAUUAGAUGAACAGAGUAUUAUAAAUGGUAUAUUAUUCUGAUAGCCUUCUAAUUAAUUGUAUGUUGUGCUCAAUCUAGUUCAUAGCCAAAUAAUUAACUCACCAUGUUAUUAAAGAUUAGAAACAUUCAGGUAUUAUAAAUUGUUGUUUUGAAAUAAUAGAUUUUUGACUAUAUCAAGUGAAUUAUAAUUAAAGUAAUUCGGGUACAGAUAAAUACCUCGUGUUCAAGAAAUACUGCAUUUAUAACCCGGUCUACCAAUUUGAUCUUCUAUUAAGUACGGUAAUGUAUUCAAUCAAACUGAUUGUUGCUGAGUGAUUUCGAAUGACUAUGUUGAAUAAACUGAGACUAAAUACUAAUAAUCAAAUAGAGUGUUGUCAUUUAAUCUUAAAAAAAAUUGUUUCUAUGAGUCGGGGAUUUCAGUACUUGAUUAAGAGUAUGCUAUUACUUAUUACAGUACAUAUUAUUGUUAAUCUAUUACGUAGUGAACUGAGCUUUAAAAAAAUAAAUGUAUAGUUUAAUUUUUGCCAAAGUGUGAGAUUACAUCAUAAAUGUGUAUAUUAUUUUGUACUUAGUAUUUUAUACAAUGUUGUAUCAAACUUACAUCGAUGUCAAUGUGAGCUUAAUGAAAUUUUAUAAACUAUAAACUAUUAACUUACGACUUAGAAAGUCAUGUUUUGAAUAACAAAUAACACUAACAUCAUGCUUUAUGGGUGGUUUUUAUUUAUUUCAACAUGAAAUAACAUUUUCUACACGAAAAACUGUGAUAUCUGUAUAGAUUGUAUUAUUAAAACUACUGUACCAGUACUGUAUCAAUCAUUGCCUGUUCUAUUAUUGAAAAUGCAUUUAGUUGAUGCCAACACGUACAAUUUCCAUUUGUGGAAAUAAAAAUUCCAGUUGUGUUUUAAAAUAAAUGAGUGAUAAAAAUUAUAAAAUAUGCUCCAUUUACUGAGUUAAGAUGGCUCAAAAAUUUAAUGAAAGUAACAGAAUAUAUAUUAUUUGAAAACAUUCUCACUUCUUCAAAAAACCAUUACUUGAAACUUUUGAAGUUUUGACAUUUCUUGUGCAGAAUAUAUUCAAUUAUAUAAUUAUUUUAUUGAAGAUUGUAGAAUCAAGUUUCCUUAUUAUUUGUUCGUGAUCUAUACUAUCCAGAUGCAUAGAGUAUUAUCAUGUAUUAGAGGUGGCUAUGGUAUUAUGCAUAGUGAUUUUUUAUUAUUAUUUUAUCAAGAAUAAUGACAAAAAAUUUACCCAAUUCCUAAGAUUGUUCCUGUUAAUUAUUGGACUUUUUUAACAUGAAUUUUUCUCAAAGUAGUGGAGUAUAUCUUUAACGAUGAACAACCAAGUAGAUUGAAAUAAGAAUAAUGUUGUUACCUUGUAUUUGUUACCACAUGUGAGUUGUUGAGAAAUGUGAGGUACGCAGUAGUUAACCUUCCAUCUCAUAAAUCGAUUGGUACAGACAAUAUAUUUGUAUUUUUUUCAAAUAGUAUUAGGUUGUAUUUUUAUAAUUGAAAUGAAUUUGAAUGAUAUAAAAAUUAACAAUAAAUUUACGGAAUUCA